UCACAAAUUAUAUAAACCGAAGCAUAUUACAUAACAUUCAAUCAGAAAGUACAGCAGCGGUUCUGGUUCGGAGUCAGUGAUCCGCUCUUGUGACGUCAUCACCCUUGCACCGGAGCAGGAAGUGCCGGCGGUCGGUGGGACUCUAAACAACCUUCUGUUUUUGCUGCGCACUUUCAUGCUUUACUGAGCAAACAUGUAACGGUACAUCCUCCAGCCGAAGCAGAAUCCACCGAAUCAUACCUGAGCUCAAACCCAUGACGGCUGGGACACUCUAGCGGUGGCGUUGAGACUUUACCGGAGGAGAGAUGAAGGAAGUGCGGGGCUGCGGCGUGCGGAGCGCCGUCGGGUUCCUUUCCCGCAGGACGAUCGGCGGACAGCCGCGGCUGAAGGAGGACUUCCAGAGGCGCAGACUGGCCGGCUGCUCCAGCCUCUAUAAGAAGGACAUGCUCGGCCACUUCGGCUGCGUCAACGCCAUUGAGUUCUCCAACAAUGGAGGCCAGUGGCUGGUGUCCGGUGGAGAUGACCGCAGGGUGCUGCUGUGGCACAUGGAGAAAGCAAUACACUCACGAGCCAAACCGAUCAAGUUGAAGGGGGAGCACCUGUCCAACAUCUUCUGCCUGGCAUUUGACAGCACCAACAAACGUGUUUUCUCAGGAGGAAAUGAUGAGCAGGUGAUUCUGCACGACGUAGAACGUGGCGAGACGCUCAAUGUCUUUUUGCAUGAUGAUGCUGUGUAUGGUCUGUCCGUCAGUCCUGUUAAUGAUAACGUCUUCGCCAGCUCAUCUGAUGACGGCCGAGUUCUCAUAUGGGACACAAGAGAACCGCCACAUGGAGAACCGUUCUGCUUGGCCAACUACCCCUCAGCGUUCCACAGCGUAAUGUUUAACCCAGUAGAACCCCGUCUGCUGGCCACUGCAAACUCUAAAGAGGGGGUGGGACUGUGGGACAUCCGCAAACCCCGCAGGUACUAACUUGUUAACGGUACCUUUUCCUGCUUAUUGCACAG